CUUCUCUGCCAUAUAAAAUGCCUCACUCUCCGCGCCAUUGCUGCUUUGGGUUGCAUUGCAACACAAUCUCUCAUUGAUCGCCAUUAGUGUUAAACAUGAGACUUUUGCAACUCUUUUGAUAUUACUUCCCUUUUUUGUGUCAGGAAAAAAUGGGUGUCAUGUUGAUGUCCGGCUUGACAUCUGGGAUCCUUCCCUUCCGCCCUGUUGUUUCUUCUGUCAAACGUCGUGGGCGGGUCUCAGAUUUACAUAAUGGGCAUAGCCUUCUGAGCUCUGGAGGCCCUUCUCGUGUCAAAAGGAAAUUUCUGCAUAAUGAAAACUGGAAGCCGAAAUCAAGAGCUAUUGUUUUUUCUACGGAUGAUUCUACUGAUGCUUUUGCAGAUGGUUAUGGCGAUGGUUAUUCAUCAUCAAGGAGUGGAGUUUUGAGAAAAAUAGAAGAUGAAUUAACAGAAGUGAAAAAGGCUCUUUCUGAGGCCCAAGCCAGACAAGGAAGUAUUGAACAAGAGAGAAAUCAAUUGCUUGACGAGCUUGCUAGGGCUGAGGUGAAACAGCAGGAGUAUGUAGCCGCCAUCUUGCAUGACAAAGAAAUUGCUAUUGCCGAACUUGAGGCAGCCAAGUCUCUGUUCCAUCAGAAGCUGCAGGCAUCAGUGGAAGAGAAGUUUGCAUUGGAAUCUAAGUUGGUCCUUGCAAAACAAGAUGCUGUUGAACUUGCAGUACAGGUUGAAAAGUUAGCAGAGAUUGCUUUUCAGCAGACCACAUCUCAAAUAUUAGAAGAUGCUCGGAUGAGGGUUUCAGCUGCAGAGACUUCUGCUGCUGAAGCAGCUUAUCAAAUUGAAGAGCAAAUCAGGAAUGCUACUGAAGGUACCAUAUUAUCAAUUGUGGAGCAGUCAAAAAAUGCUAUAGAGAAGGUACUAGAUGUAGCAGAAAAAGCUGGUGACCAUGCAACAAAAGCUGUGGCAAUAUUUAGUGACAGUCUGAAUCCUCUAGAUGAGAUUGCUUCACUCCAGCAAGAGAAGACAAAGUUACAACGUGUCAUAGGCGAUUUAGAGUCUGAAUUAUUGCUCAAAAGAAGUGAGGUUGAUAUGUUGAAGUUGGAGCUGGAACAGGCCCAUGCGCAAGUAAAUGCAUUUGAACUCCGGGCCAAUGAUACUGAGAAGGCAUUGCGUGAAUUUCAGGAGUCGAGCACAAAAAAGAUUCUGCAGCAGGAGGAGGGAAUUAAAUCAGUGGUGGAGAAAAUGAAGAAAGAUGCUGCAACUAGAAAGAAAGCCAUGUACAAGGCUUUUAAGACUGAGAUGGAGAGUGUCAGGGCUACUAUAGAAGCUGUCAAAGAAACAGCUCGAUUGAAAGAUAAUGCCUCCAUUAGAAGAUGUGACGCACUACAGAGAUCAUUAAGAGCUUCUGAAGCUGCUUCAAAGACGUGGAGACAAAGAGCAGAGAAGGCAGAGUCAUUAUUAACCAAGGAUGGGCUAGUGGACGGAGAGGAUAGAGAUGCCAUUUAUGUGGUUAAUGGUGGAAGGAUAGACCUUUUGACAGAUGAUGAUUCACUGAAAUGGAAACUUCUGAGUGAUGGUCCUCGUAGGGAGAUUCCUCAGUGGAUGGCAAGGAAGAUCCGGGCUAUCUGUCCCAAGUUUCCACCAAGAAAGGUUAAUGCAUUAGAAGUCUUGACAUCAAAAUUUCAAACCUUGGACUCGCCCAGUGUAGAUGAAGUAUGGUCAAUAGCCCAAGAAAAGCCCAAGGAAGGUGAUACCUUUAUCGAACAUGUAAUUGAAAAAGAAACAAUAGAAAAGAAAAGAAAGACUUUGGAACAAACCCUUCAGCGGAAUACCAUUCAAUGGCAAAGGACCCUGGAACAAACAAAAUUAGAAUCCGGAACUGGGACAGGACGUGAGAUUGUGUUUCAAGGUUUCAAUUGGGAAAGCUGGAGAAGGCAAUGGUACCUGGAUUUAGCCAGCAAAACUGCUGAUUUAUCUCAUUGUGGGGUAACAGCGGUUUGGCUUCCACCACCAACAGAGUCAGUUGCUCCUCAAGGUUAUAUGCCUUCCGACCUUUACAAUUUGAACUCAGCAUAUGGUUCUGAGGAAGAACUAAAGUACUGUAUAGAGGAAAUGCAUUCCCAAAAUCUGCUGGCCUUGGGAGAUGUUGUCCUUAAUCAUAGAUGUGCACAUAAGCAGAGUCCAAAUGGCAUUUGGAAUAUUUUUGGAGGCAAGCUUGCGUGGGGUCCUGAAGCAAUUGUUUGUGAUGAUCCAAAUUUCCAGGGCCAGGGAAAUCCCUCUAAUGGUGAUAUUUUCCAUGCAGCACCAAACAUUGAUCAUUCCCAGGAUUUUGUACGGAAAGAUAUAACGGAGUGGUUAAAUUGGCUUCGAAAUUACAUUGGUUUUGAUGGAUGGCGCCUCGACUUUGUAAGAGGAUUCUCUGGUACAUAUGUCAAAGAAUAUAUUGAAGCUUCAAACCCUGCAUUUGCUAUUGGAGAAUACUGGGAUAGUUUAGCUUAUGAACAUGGUGACUUGUGCUACAAUCAAGGUUGGGUUCAAUCCUAUGACAGUGGAAUGUUUGUUGAUCUUGAGCUUUCAUGGGGAAGGUGUCCAAAAGGUGGCAAAACCCUUCUGGCAAGGGCACUCGUCACAGGAUUAUGGAUUGAGCUAUGGAUUAUCUUAAUGUUUUGGGCGGCAUUAUGGACCAAAGCUUAUGGAACUGUUUCGAUUUAG